AUGUCUACACCUUCGUCGUCUCGUCGUCGUGGACGUCCAUCGCAGUCGUCUGCUAACUCUACUCCGUCCAGGGGCACUGCGCAACCGCAGGUGGUUAUCUCCAGCCCCGCCCCUUCUCGCCAGACUCAGAACAACCCAGACCAGACUACUACGCCUCGCAACCGGAGAGUAGCUGACAAUGGGGUCCCAUCCUCAUCGCCUAUUUUCUUCCAGUCGUCUCCAGCCGGGGCCGGGUCUGCAGCCAAUGCUGCGCCAGACCGAAGCUCACCGAUGCCAUCUUCUCCUCUAGGCGAUCGUGACACUACUCCACGGCCUACUCGCCCAUUAGUUGAAGGUUUGUCCUGUUGGCUAUGUAAAGUGUUGUCUAAUUGUACUAAUUCCUACAUAGACUCUUCGCCUAUAAGGUACAUGUCGAGUUCCAGUCCAGGACGACCAGGAAACAGUCAAACUCGACGGAAUGAUAUACCCACCAGCAGCAGUGGCUUAUUUCUCCGUUCUCCUAACCCCAAUGCUAUUACUACACGAAGAGGCGAUAUCCAUUCAGAUGCGUUCUCUACCACCGGUACCAGGCGCAGGACAUUGUUUGUGGAUGAAAGCGGUAUGCCAGUCCGCAACCGUGAGCCGCUGUCUGAUGCUACAUUCUCCAACCUCAACCCCGACACAUCAGAGGCAGACAUUCUAGGAGGGACUUCUACACGAUACAUAUGGGGUACAAAUAUAGCUAUCACUGAUGCAUUUGAAUCGUUCAAAAACUUUCUUUACAACUUUGCUCGGAAACACCGUAUGAUCUACGAUGGUGCUACUGAAGCUGAAAUCCGUGCAUUAGGCUCUUCUGCAGAUGAGAAGGAAUAUGUCAGGAUGUUGAACGAAAUGCGACAGCUUGGUGUCAAUGGCCUCAACCUUGAUCUCCGAAAUCUCAAGGCCUUUCCGCCCACCAUCAAAUUAUGGCAUCAUAUUCAAUAUUACCCUCAGGAAAUAGUCCCAAUUAUGGAUCAAUGCCUUAAGGAUGUCAUGGUUGUGUUGACUGGGGAGGAGAUAGAGCGUGCGCGGCAAAGCAAUCAGCGAAGACCAGCGGCAGCUGCGAGAGAUACUAGCUCUAUUCCUGCAUUCCAUACCUCAGACGCCGAUGGAAAUGGUAACGCCCCUGCUCAACAGGAUUCUUCUAGUAUUCUAGCAGAUAUUGAAAGCAGACCAUACAAGGUCUUUCCGUUUGGCUUGGAUAAGUCUACAAACAUGAGAGACUUGGAUCCGGUUGGUAUGUUUUAG